UUCACACCGUUGAAAGUGAACCGGCUAACGCUAGGUGCUCCCUGCGUUAGCAUUAGCGAAGUGCGACUUUAAACCACAGCCCAGCUAACAGCGAGCUUAGCUGUACGUUAGCUUCACGCCACGACGCGCGCGUCGAGCGCGGAUCUGGAGCCGCAGCGGCGGACAGCCGAUUGUUAACUUGACCUCCGACUUGCUCAUCGUUUUUGUUUGUAUGUAUGGAUUUCACGUUAGCGUUAGACGUUCACCCGCCGCCGCCUCUCUCAGGUCGACGGUCGGACCGCGCACAGAACUCUGGGUAGCGGCGCACGCUUCCUGGACGUUAACUCUAUGGAAAUGUAGAAGUCGUUCUUCUUCUUCGCUUGGUGCGUCCGGCUCGGCUCUCGCCCUCUCGUCGUCGUGGCCGGGGCUCACUCGCGUGUGUGCCGUCGCCGUCACAUCCACGCGUGUUCGCUGCUCAGCCGAACGCUGAAUUCCUCCAGAGCGUUUCAUGUGCGACACUCGAGCCGCUUCACUUCUCGCACGCGCGGCUAAACUUAGCGGACACACGGCGCAGCAUUGCCUCUUUGCGUUGGUGAACGAACGAGCGGAGGUAGUCUGGAUGUGUGCCCAUAGGAGCGGACACAUUUCUUUUAAAAUCCUGCUUUGGACAUCGCUUGUCCGACGGUUGACCCAGACACAGGAACCUCAACACACUGAUCGAAGGCUCAACGUCUCCCAGAAAGUCCAGUCACGCCUUGUGGAUCCUGGAACCAACAGGUGCCGUUCAGAUUUGAAACUGUGACUGAGACUACAACAGGCCCCAAAAGAGAAGUCCACUGCCCCCCCCCCCUCCUCCCCAUCCCCCCCUCCCUCCUGACCCUCGCUGAAACAGAGCUCUCACCAUGAAUGAUGUUAAUAAAGUGAGAGAGGGCUGGCUCCACAAAAGAGGUGAAUAUAUCAAAACAUGGAGGCCCAGGUAUUUUAUCCUAAAGAGUGACGGUUCCUUCAUCGGCUACAAGGAGAAGCCUGAUCUAAACGACCAGACUUCACCACCACUCAACAACUUCUCAGUGGCAGAAUGCCAGUUAAUGAAGACAGAAAGACCCCGGCCCAACACAUUUGUCAUCCGUUGCCUACAGUGGACCACUGUUAUUGAACGCACCUUUCAUGUGGAAAGCAAUGAGGAGAGAGAGGAGUGGAUGCGGGCUAUCCAGUCUGUGGCCAACAGUCUGAAGAUGCGAGAACAGGAGGAGGAGGAACCAAUGGAUAUGUUUGGUUCCCCCAGCAAUAGCAGCCUGGAGGAGAUGGAGGUGGCGAUGUCCAAGAGCAAUCCCAAAGUGACAAUGUGUGACUUUGAGUACCUAAAGCUGCUUGGCAAGGGGACAUUUGGGAAGGUGAUUCUGGUCAAAGAGAAGUCCACUGGUGUACACUAUGCCAUGAAAAUACUGCGCAAAGAGGUCAUAAUAGCCAAGGACGAGGUGGCCCACACAGUUACAGAGAGCAGAGUGUUACAAAACACACGACACCCCUUCCUCACGACACUGAAGUAUGCCUUCCAAACUCACGAUCGGCUCUGUUUUGUAAUGGAGUAUGCCAAUGGAGGCGAGCUUUUCUUUCACCUGUCACGGGAGCGAGUGUUCACAGAAGACCGGGCGCGCUUCUACGGUGCCGAGAUCGUGUCAGCGCUCGAGUACCUGCAUUCACGUGACGUUGUUUACCGUGAUCUGAAGCUGGAGAAUCUGAUGCUGGACAAAGACGGUCACAUGAAAAUCACUGAUUUUGGCCUCUGUAAGGAGGGCAUUACUCCAGACGCCACCAUGAAAACCUUCUGUGGAACUCCUGAAUAUCUCGCUCCCGAGGUCCUGGAAGAUAAUGACUAUGGCCGUGCGGUGGACUGGUGGGGUCUGGGUGUUGUCAUGUAUGAGAUGAUGUGUGGACGUCUGCCUUUCUACAACCAGGACCACGAGCGUUUAUUUGAGCUCAUCCUCAUGGAGGAGAUCCGAUUUCCCAGGAACCUGUCGCCCGAGGCAAAGUCCCUGCUGGCUGGUCUGCUCAAGAAGGACCCCAAACAGAGGUUAGGAGGAGGUCCCAAUGAUGCCAAAGAAGUCAUGAGUCACAAAUUUUUCGUCUCCAUCAACUGGCAGGAUGUGGUACAGAAGAAGCUCACCCCACUCUUCAGACCGCAAGUGACAUCAGAGACGGACACCCGGUACUUCGAUGAAGAGUUCACGGCGCAGACCAUCACGCUCACUCCUCCGGACAAGUAUAACAGUCUGGACUGUGAGGACCCCACCCAGCAAGCACACUUCCCCCAGUUCUCCUAUUCUGCCAGCAUAAGAGAGUGAUAGUAUCUCUUUGGCGCGCGCACACACACACACACACACACACACACACACACACACACACACACACACACACACACACACACACACACACACACACACACACACACACACACACACACACACACACACACACACACACACACACACACACACACACACACACACACACACACACGCGCACAUGCAUUUCAGACCUAUGCACACAAACACAUAAAAAAAAAACACAAGAGGCAUGAACACCUUGGCCGCAUCCCUCACAGCUAUAUAAUGACCUGAGCAACCAUCUUUAUGAGGUUUUGGUCUCGAUAGGAUCUAAGUGCCUCAGCUGGCAGCCAUAUUGCUCCUCCGCCAUUCACAUGACAGACCAAGCCUGGCCACACUGUAUCAAAGUCAACUUCAGGACCUCACAUAGUCAUCAGCACAAGUCAACAACACAAUCAGGACUGUAGCACCUUUGGAUGGCCUGUAAACAACUGCUGCUGCUUUUCAGUCUAAAAGCUCUGGCCUUUUUUAAAACGCUUUCUGUUCUGUGGUGUGAGGAGAAGACAUACAGCUCCUUCAUGACGUUUCAAAGUGCUCUUCUUCACAACUAGCUCUUACCACUGGUGAUAAGUAAGGCGCGUCUAUGAGGGAAGAAGAGGCAUGGCAGUUUGUUUUUUUGUUUUUUUCUAUUAGGGGUGCGUGUUUUUUCUUUUUUCUUUGUGUGUUUGUAUGGCACUUGUCCGGUGUGCAUCAGGAACUACAGAUGAAUGGAGAACACAUGAUCAACAUCGUGUCUUCACGGGGAGAAGCUUUGCCAGAGUGCGAGGUGAGGAGUCUCGGAGUCGCUGUCCUUUUUUAAAACUGUAUGCAAUGGAAACAAAUCACUCAUACAGGAGUUCACCUCAGACUGUGAUCUUUAGUAACAGAUCUGUCAAGUGCGACAGCAAUUAAUGGGAAUUGGGAAUACCUUAAUGUACAAGGUGUAUAUGUUAUUUAAACAAGUUUUGUUUUUAUUCUGACACAUUUUGAUCUUUCUCGAUCAGAUAAAUACACAGCAGCCAUGUGAUUUCAGAGGCUCGUGAAGCACUGGGUGAUUUAAAGCAGCCCUUAUAUCUUUCAGUUGGCCCAUGUUCAUAAUGUAGCUGAAGACUUCCUGGAUUGUGUCAACACCACAACAGAUCAUGUCUCUUAUAAAUAUAUCACAAAUAUCAGAAUCUGUCAGAUGCCAAAAGUUCAAAUGUCUGAUCAGAUUCAUAAUACUGUUGACUUCUGUUUUCCUCAGAGGUUUUGACAUUUGGCCGGUUUUAGAUCAUUUAAUAUAAACAACCUUCUUGUACAAAUUCUUUUUUGUUGUUGGAUGAAAAACAAAUGUACACUCAAAGUAAUUCGUCACCAUAUCAAAGAGUAUCUUACUGGUAUGUGUGAUUAAAAAGUAAAACCAGCCCUAGCACCAGACUUUGUAGCACUCAGAGACCAGGUUUGUAUUUGGAAGGCCAUUAUCUCUUGGCAUUCAAAAAUUGUUCUCCAAUAUUUUCAGUCCCCUCUUGCCUAUGUUGGAUCUUAUCUUUGUAGCCUUUCUAUGAAAGCUAAUUCACCAUCUCAUACUUACCUUGCUGAAGAUUUUACAAGUUUGGAUUUAUGUCCUCCUGGCCACUGAGUAUCUGUAAUCUUUCUGUUCUAACAUUGCUUCACUGCAUCGAGACUGUUUCUGUUCAGACUUGAAUGUGCCACUACAUUUAUCGAACUUCUCAUAGCUGGAGAGCAACAAAAAAUGAAUCCAGAGAUAUCAGUGAACUGUGUAUGUCAUGAACAUGGUCCUUUGUAAGAGUUUGUGUCUGAGAGCAAUGUGGACUUGCAGGGGUGUCUUCUUCCCAUCUAUUAUUAACAACAUGAAAUGGUAAUCGGGAGGCAUGCAGAGACUUGCAAAACUGGGUGUUAUACUGUACAUGAAAAUACACCCAUCAUUGUUUUGGUGCUACACUGGUGAGUCACUCAUGAUAAAGAGCUGGUGCAGAGAACCUGCUCCAAUAAAUUGCUCACAGAGUCUUCUUCCACCUAUGCUGUUCUGAAAUCGUUUCCGUUAUUUUUGUUUUGUCUCAUUCAUCUUCUGGUUUUACUUCUCCACUUGCUGUUUUCCCUCAUCCCUCCUCCACCCUGAACCUACGUCACAGAUAGUCUCAAAUUAAGGAAUUUGACAAUGGUUGACAGAAAUGUAUUUUUUUCGGUUACAUUAUUUGAUUUAACACUUUAUUUCUAUUUGUUUAUGAAUGUAAUUCUGAAUGACAAUGAUCCAAUACACCCUUUUAACUGCCUUACUA